GGACAAUGCUUCUCCAGUGAUUAACUAAAAUCAUGUAAUCAGAAUUAUGGAACUUCCUAAUCUCGUAGAAUUUAUAGAGUCAUUGGUUGAACGUGCGGUUAGUCAGUUGAGGUUAGGUUACUAUCAACAACAACACGCUCCGUGCAUAAAGUAUUUAAUAUAAGUACUUGAUAUAACGAUUUGUAUUAGUCAAGUCACUUAGUUAAGUAAUGUUAAAAAUGAGCAAUCAACAAUUGAAGAGGUAUCUCUUUUGGUUCGCUCACGAGCAUGUUGACUUCCGGUUGGCCGAAAUGGAAUCUAUAUUUGACAUGUUUAACAUUGAUCCGUGCACAAUAACGAGGCCGAAGGAACAUCCUUACUGGAUCAUGGCUUUACCCGAUGAAAAUGCAGUGCAUCAGAUCGCCAGUAGAGCAGUCUCGUUGCGUUUCUGUUUGGAGCUUUGGGCACAAGAUAAACAAAACGAGGACUUACACAAUUCCUUGAAAGCUUACUCCGCCAAAAAUUCGGAGGCUAUGGUCAGAGAUAAGAAAAAAUCGUUCAAGAUCGUAGUGGAGACUUUCUGCAAACAUUUCUCGCAGCGUGAGAAAAUAAAUAAAAUCGAUUCUUUUAGUUAUCUACCUUUUGAAGGACCAGUUAAGUUGAAAAAUCCGGAUAUCACUCUAUGCUAUAUAGAACAUUACGGACUUAAUCCCAACAACAUUCCUGAAGAACCCCAUGAAUAUUUCUUUGGAAGAUGGAUUGCCGAUGGUCAGCGAGAGUUAAUUCAAAAGUUGUCACUAAAAACUAGGAAAUUUAUAGGAAAUACGUCAAUGGAUCCCCAGCUGUCGCUGAUAAUGGCAAAUCAGGCACAAAUUAGAAAUGGAGACCUAGUUUUCGAUCCGUUUGUGGGGACCGGCUCCUUGUUAAUUGCCGCAUCACAUUUUGGAGGAUAUACAUUCGGAACAGACAUCGACUUUUUAAUGCUUCACGGCCGUACGAGACCUACACGGAUAUCGCAAAAG